AAGGAAAGUACAGCAGAUGAUCAUUCAGUCUCGAUGGCAGUGGAGAAGCAGAGAGUGUGUACAGCUCUGGAUCUCCUGAUUAAACUGAUAUAACUGAAGACUUUGAAGACUGACUGCAGAAACAGGGAUGGAGUUUCUCAGAGUGACACUUCUUAUUUUCUCUGCUUUAAUGGAGACUUCAGCAGUGCAUUUAAAAGUGGUUGGUCCACAAGCUCCUCUUGUUGCUGAAGCUGGUGAUGAUCUGGUUCUGCCCUGUUCUCUACAACCCAUAGUCAGUGCUGAGGCUAUGACAGUAGAGUGGAUUAGAGUGGAACUGGCUCAGUUGAACACACUUGUGCAUCUGUAUGAAGGUUUUAAAGACAACAAUGAGCAGCAGAUGGAGUCUUACAGAGGGAGGACAGGUCUGUUUAAAGGAGAGCUGCAGAAAGGAAACGCCUCACUGAAACUCUCAGCAGUCCAACCUUCUGAUGAGGGGGUUUACAGAUGUGUAAUUCAGUCAUUUGACUUGGAUGAUGUAACCAUUUAUGUUGAAGUCAAAGGAAAAGGUUUUCAUGCCUGGAAGAUUGCCAUCAUCUGCAUUUCAGUUUUUGCCAUUGCAUCAAUAAUAUUUACAGCUUGGAUCUUAAAAGAUAAAUUCUCUAAAAAGGAUCUCACUCCUGCACAGUGCUCAGCCAUAGCCUACAUGCGUCUCCAUUCAGAGAAGGUGAGGAAAGAACUAAACCUGAAGAAAUACAACACAUCAGAAGAGGGUUACAAGAGACUCAUCCCAGCCAGCACAAACUGCAGAGAGGCUCAAUUUGCUUGCUGUAAUCUCUCUGAACUGUCCAUCAUAACUGUUAAUGCAGCUCUGCAAUCAGAAAACUCCUCCCUGAGAGAACUAGACCUCAGUUAUAAUGACCUGGAGGACUCAGGGCUGGAGAAGCUCUCAGAUGGACUGAAGAGUUCACACUGUAAACUGGAGAUACUCAGACUUGCUUUGUGUAAACUUUGUAAUCAAUCCUGUUAUACACUGAGGUCAGUUUUAGAAUCAGAGAAGUCCAUUCUGAAAGAACUGGACCUCAGUAAAAAUAAUUUGGGGGAUCCAGGCGUGAAUCAGCUCUCUAGUGGACUGAAGAGUUCACACUGUAAACUGGAGGUUCUCAGAUUAGUUGCCUGUAAUCUCACUGAAAGGUCCUGUGAAUUUCUCACACCAGCUUUACAAACACAAAACACUCACCUAAAAGAACUGGACCUCACUCACAAUGACCUGCAGAAUUCAGGUGUGAAGGUACUUUCUGACGGACUCAAGAGUUCACACUGUAAACUGGAGAUACUCAGAUUAGCUCUUUGUAAUUUGGGGGAAGCAUCUUGUGAAAAUCUGACAGCAGCUUUAAAAUUGGAAAACUCUUCUCUGAGAGAACUGGACCUUAGUGUGAAUGACCUAAAGGAUUCAGGCAUACAGAAGCUCUGUGAUGGACUGAAGAGUUCACACUGUAAACUGGAGAUACUCAGAUUGUCUGGUUGUUUAGUAACAGAGGAAGGCUGUUCUUCUCUGGCUUCAGCUCUGAAAUCAAACCCCUCCAAACUAAAAGAACUGGAUCUCACCUACAAUCAGCCAGGACAGUCCGGAGUGAAACUUCUCUCUGAUCCACUCUGCGCACCUUGCACACUCAGGGUGGAGAAUGAAGGGGAAAUGUGGAUCAAACCAACUCUGAGGAAAUAUGUGUGUGAACUCACUCUGGACUCAAACACAGCACACACACAGCUCUCUCUGUCUGAGGAGAACAGGAAGGUGCUGUUUGUGAGAGAACAUCAGCCGUAUCCAGAUCAUCCAGACAGAUUUGAUGUGUGGUGUCAGGUUCUGUGUGUGGAGAGUUUAACUGGACGCUGUUACUGGGAGGCUGAGUGGAGUGGAGGAGCAGCUGAUAUAGCAGUGACUUACAGAGGAAUAAAGAGGAAAGGACACAGUGAGUGUGGGUUUGGACAAAAUAAUCAGUCGUGGUGUCUGUACUGCUCUGAUGAUAAAGGUCACUUUGUCCGGCACAAUAAUAAGUACACUGUGAUCCCCCCUCAGCUCAUCAGAUCUAAGAGAGUGGGAGUGUAUGUGGACUGGGGGGCCGGCACUCUGUCCUUCUACAGCGUCUCUGAUCCACACACACUCACACACCUACACACAUUCCACUCCACAUUCACUGAACCGCUCUACGCUGGAUUUGGGCCUAAUGACAACUCCUCAGUGUGUGUGUGUGAGACAGAAUAGAACACUCCUCUUAAGUGUGUGUGUGUGUCUGUCAGAGAGAGAGAGAGAGAUAAUUAAUUGUGUGAAAACACUCAUCUAGAAGGCUGAAUCUAAGAAUUGAAUGAACAAUGAUAACAUUCAUAAAUAAAUGUUUAAAAUUACAA